AUGCAUCCAAUUUUGUCAUUUGUAGCUGCAUAAAGUAUACAAGAUUGAUUUAGUUAGCUAUUUCAAAUUAUGGAUGGGCAUCUGCAACUAAUUUAGGUGUAAUUCUUACAAUUUUAGGUUGUGGUAUUAAACUUUUGAUUAAUUAAGCAGGGUAUAGAAUAUAGAAGUUAUAUCUAGAUUUAUUGUUUUAAUAAUUGGUUAGGUUCUAUGUGGAAUAGGAAGACCUUUUAUUUUAAAUUCUUAGGCAUCUAUGGCUAUGAGUUGGUUUCAUCCUAAGACUAGAAUCAUGAUCAUAACUUUACUUAAUGUAGUAAAUACAUUAUCAUUGGUCGUAUCUGCUUAAUUACCAGGAAUUAUGUUUAAGAGUUAUAAUUUAGAAGAUGAUACAGAUUAUGAGAAUGGAAGAAGUAGAAUGUAAAGAUUAUGUUUACUUGAAUUUUACAUAAGUUUGGCAAUAAUACCAUGUUUAUUUAUGUUGAGAAGUAGACCAAAAUAAGUUCCAGUAAAAAUAAACAAAAUAGAAAGAAAAAGUGGAAUGUUAAAAAUAAUGCUGAGAUUAUUUAAGAAUAGAAACUUUGUUUUACUUUUCAUUCCAUUUAGUCUAUAUUUUGGAAUAUUAAAGGCUUAUUUAGUAAUUAUGGAAUUAUUGAUGUCACCAUAUAAAUAUGAGACUGAUUAAGUAGCAGGUGUUGGUAUAUAGAAUAAUUAUUUAAAAAAGUUUCAUUUCCUUUAAUUGGUGGAUUAAUAGCUUAAGGAGCAUUUCCAUAUUUUGUAAAUAAAUAUCAAAUAUAGAAAGCUUUUGUUCGUUUUUUUCUAUUGUUUUCAACUUUAGCUAUGGCAUCAUUAUAUUUUGCAUUAAAAUCAAAUAAUGUGAUUUACAUAUAUAUAGUAAUAACUCUAUUGGCAAUAUGUGUAAUGCCUAUAUUACCUGUGAUUAUGGAUAUGGGAUGUGAUUUAAUUUCUCCAAUUGAACCAUCAUUUGCAGUUGGUGCCUUUUAUAUGGGAAGUAUGUUAUUUUUUGUGGCUUUCACUUAUAUUUUAACAUUCAUUACUGGAAAGAAUAAGGAUGAUAAAAGAGUGUUGUAUACAAACAUUUUCUCUACAAUAAUGAUGAUUAUUGGAUUUUUAUGUAGUUUGUUUUUAAAAAUUGAUAAUGAAUAUUAUGCCUUAGAUAUAGAAUAGGAUAAAGGUUCAUUAGUACAUCCAUUAGAAAAAGGUGAUUCUAUUGUCAAAGAAAAAUGUCCUUCUCUUGUGUAUAGAGGAACUCAAUCAAAAAUGAGUAUAUCAAAUUAAAAAGGAUCUAUGUUCAGUGUACAUUAUCAAAGUAUUUUUAGUGUUCACAUAAUAAUAUCAAUAUAGUAGGUGAUGUUCCAUUAAUCCCAGGAGAAGAGGCAGAUGAACCUAUUGAUUAAGAUUAAUAAUAAUGA